AUGUAUGCCGUGGCUCUGAAGAGUCAAAGAAUAUGCAGAAUUAUAAUGAAUAGUAAUUGUUUUUGCUGCAAAGAUGGAAGUGCGAGAACAUUGUGGACAGUUGGGAAGGCUGAUAAUUUAGUAGCAAUAUGGUCAAGGAAGAGUUUUGUGACCUCAUUGUCAUUGAGAGCUUUUAGUACAUCACUAAUCAAUCCUAGUAACUCAAUUCUAAUGUCUCCGUCUCUUGUGUCGCUUGACUGUCCUGAUAUAUGGACUUCUGGUUCUGUGCAAUCUGAUCGCCCAUCUAUCCAAAAAUAUACAAGCAAACAUGUUGCUCAAAUACUUGAUGGGAAGGCUAUUGCAGAGGAAAUAAGAUCAGGCAUAGCACUUGAAGUGAAGAGGAUGAAGGAUUUGAUUGGGCAGGUACCUGGAUUGGCUGUCAUAUUCGUGGGUCAACGAAGAGAGUCACAAACCUAUGUCCGUAACAAAAAAAUAGGGAGUGAAGAGGUUGGCAUUAAGUUCAUGAUGACAACACUCUCGGACAAUUGUACAGAAAAUGAAGUUUGCAAUGCCUUACAAAGUUACAAUGAAAAUCAAUCAGUUCAUGGUAUUAUUUUGCAGCUUCCCUUGCCACGGCAUUUGGAGGAGGGAAAAAUACUUGGGUUGCUAACCUUGGAAAAAGAUGUUGAUGGAUUCCAUCCUGUAAACAUUGGGAAUUUGGCUAUGCUAGGAAGGGAGCCGUUGUUCAUUCCUUGUACAGCAAAGGGUUGCAUUGAGUUGCUGCUCCGUUCAGGCAUUGAAAUAACGGGGAAGAAGGCUGCGGUGAUAGGGAAGAGCAAUGUUGUUGGAUUACCAACAUCCUUGCUGCUGCAGAGGCACCAUGCCACCGUGACCGUUAUUCAUUCAUAUACGAAAAACCCAGAUAAAAUUGCCCGUGAAGCUGAUAUUUUAAUUUCAGCUGCUGGAGUGCCCAAUUUGGUGUGCAGGAGUUGGUUAAAGCCUGGUGCAAUAGUUGUUGACGUUGGCACUACCCCGGUUGAGGAUCCUGAGUGUGAACAUGGUUAUCGGCUCAUUGGAGACGUUUGUUUUGAGGAAGCAUCAAAGGUAGCUUCUGCAGUUACGCCUGUGCCAGGAGGAGUUGGACCAAUGACUGUUGCCAUGCUGCUUUAUAACACUCUUGAAUCUGCUAAACGCUCAUUUAAAUUUACUUAG